CUGAAACCUUCGUAUCUGAUUUCAGUGUUUGUGUUGUAAGUUGUAACUUCUUCGGUUAUGUUGUAGCAAAUAAUCCGUCUUGGAUUAGGAUUUUCAUCUGGGUUAUUAAUGUCUGGUUCUGGAGGAGAAGUUAAUCAUCAUUAUCAUGAUGCUGGUUAUAACAGAAAUGGGUUUAGUUCAAAUAAUAAUAACAAUCACACACUUGUUUCUAGUUACAAUUCUAUCUUUGGUUCUUCUUCAACUUCAACUAAUUCCUUGGCUUCUACUCCAGUUAUGACUUCUCUGCUUAGUUCUACACUAUUGCAGCAAAAAUUCAUGAGUAGCACUGGUACUGGUGGUGGUGGAAUGAAAGAUGAUAUUUUUCAUCAUGAGAUGAAAAUGGAAGGAAAUAGUAGUAGUGAGGUUGCAGGGAUUAUGGCUUCAAAAGAAGUGAAAUUAUGUGAAGGACAAAAUAGGUUGCAGGAGUGGAAUAAUGUUAAUGCUAAUGGUGGUGUUGCUGUUGCUUUUCAAAACCAGAUGGAGCAUUUGGGUUUGUCUGAUACUUCUUCUCUUUAUUGGAAUAAUCAUAACAGCAGCAACACAGCAACAGGUUUGGGUGUUUGGAGUGAUCAACCUAAUAAUAUUGGUCCUUCUGUUACUUCUCUGAUCUAGAAGAAAAAAAAAAGA